AUGCCACGAAAUUCAAGCGUUUCUGAAUCUGAAGCAAAAUCUGUAACAUCACGAUCAUCGGAUUUAUCAUUAUUAAAUGACGAAGAAUGUAAACGUAUUGUUGCAGUUCUUGAACGUGAUUUUCAACUUCGACAAAAAGAAUAUAAACGAUUAGAAGAAUUAAAAAAAGUAAUUCGACAAGAAAAUGAACGUGUAGAAUAUUUAGCUGCUUCAAAAGAAUUUAAUCUUGAACGUUGUAUAAGAUGUUUUAAACCAUUUCGAUUUCUAUUUAAUCCAAGAAAAACUUGUUCGGAAUGCAAAUUAUUUGUUUGUUCAGACUGUUCAACAUAUACAUCAGAAACAAAAACAUGGGCAUGUAAAUCAUGUUUAAAAUUAAAAGAACUUGAAGUUUUAACUUCAAAUUGGUUUUAUCAUCAAAUAAGCAAGAAACAUAAACGAUGUGGUAGUUCAAAAAUAAUUCGUGAACUUCAUAAACGUGAAAAAGAACUCGGUAAGUUUAAUUAA